AUGCUGCUCUCCGAUCUACCAGAGGAGCUCAUUCUCAUGAUCGGACGGCGGGUGACCUCCAUGCAAAGUAUGUCUGCACUGAUGCGAACCAGCCAUCAGAUGCAUCGUAUCCUGGGAGAGGCAUUCUACGAUCUGACCCCCGAGCGUAUGCGAUGGAGAGCGCUAGUAUGGGGGUGCCAGCAUGGCUUCGAGGAUCUAGCCCACGCGAUGCUGCAACGUGGAGGAAAAGCCAUCAUGGAUGAUCUUGACUUCCCCUUGAAGCUCGCUGCGAGGCAUGGAUACGCCGGCAUUGUGAGGUUGAUACUUGAUUCCAACGCAACUUUCAUCUUGGAGAAUUACGGCGCAAUUGUUAUUGCGGCUGUCAGAGGACACGCAGACGUGGUCCGCAUUCUGCUGGAAUACUCAGCAGCCGCAGAGGUAAACGUUGACCCUCGGCGGAGGUGUCUGCCUUGGACCGAGUUCUCCAUGGCUCUGAACGCAGCUCUUCGGGCUGGAAAUGAACGGAUCGCGUACAUUUUACUGGCCGACAACCGCGUCAGAAUGGACGCCUUGAGCUUGGAAGACGCUGCUCGGGGCGGCAACGAAAACCUUCUCAGGCUGUGUCUCAGAUCGUCGCCGUACCCAAUCGGCAACAGGAUUUCCUCGCCGGUGGCAGCCGCCGCAGAGCGAGGGCAGGAGGCUACGUUGAACCUGCUUCUUGGGCUUGGUUUCGAUCCAAACAUGCGUGAUCGCUUGCUUCGAACACCACUCGCGGUAGCUGCCCUGUAUGGAAAGGAGAACAUUGUUAAGGUUAUGCUGGACAGAGGUGACGUUCUGCUCAAUGCAGCAGACAAAUAUGGCCGAUCUCCCUUCCAUCAUGCCGCAGAGCAGGGCCAUAUUGCGAUCAUGAAUUUGCUUUUGAACACCAAGCAAGUCAAUGUGGACUGUGCCGACGUGAAUGGUGAAACGCCCUUCUUCUACGCAGUUGCCAAGGGUAAAAGGGAGGCUGCACAGUUUUUGAUUUCAAAGGGUGCCCGUCCCGACGCCCAGAAUCGCGGGGGGCAAACUUCGCUGUUCAAGGCCAUCGAGGAGCCUUCGUUGGAAAUGGUCAAAUGGCUGCUUGCAACAGGCCAAGUGGACCCGGAGUCUCGAGAUUUGAAAGGGCAGACGCCUUUGAUCUGUGCCGUCAAAGCGGGAGGCUUCCCUCUGUCAGUUGAUGCAUCCGGAAAGGAGCUCAAGGCCGUAGAUGCUGAGCGCGAGAUUAUCUCCCUCCUGCGCCAUGCAGGACCGCUGCCUUCAACUGGGCACCACACACGGUCAAAUGCCGCGCUCAGAGUGUUGAAGCAUCUCCUUUCACUUGAUCAAGUCAACCCGAAUGCUCAAGACAGAGAGGGUCGGACUGCCCUCUCUUGGGCUGCAUGGAAGUUCCAGCUGGAUAUCGUGCGGCUGUUACUGACCACUCGGGGGGUCAACGUGAAUACCGCGGACAAUGAUGGCUGGACCCCUCUGAUGUGGGUUCAAGGAACGGGCAAGCCUCGUAAGUAA